AUGGCUCGUGGUGCUCAAAAAGAACAAGCUAGACAAAAGGCUCAAAAAGAAGCUGCCAAACGUAAUAAGGCCGGUUCACAAUUAGCUGCUCGUGCUGCUGGUCUUCAGGCAAAGCAUCCAAAGGAUUCUGUUCCUCCUGAAAGCGACUUCGCUGCCAAAUAA